ACCAGGUAUUCCGCCUGGGCUCGAGGCCAGAACAGUUUGGAUUUUAACAGUCCGUGGACCGCUGAAGUCUGGGAGCCAGCCUCCCUCCCGCCCCGCAAUGUGGAGUCCUCUGAUCCUGCUGCUGCUGUUCCCCUCCGCCCUGGUGCCCUCCUGUUCUGCGGCCCCUAUCCGUGAUGCUGAGUUCCAGGAGAGCCCCUCAGGGUUUCUAGGCCUCCAGAGCCUCCUCCAAAGCUUCAGCCGAUUUUUCCUGAAAGAUGACCUGCUACAGGGUUUGGACAACUUCUUCUCUGCUCCCAUGGACUUCUGGGGCCUUCCCAGGAACUUCCACCAAGAGGAGAACCAGGAGCGCCAGCUAGGGAAUAAAACCCUCUCCAGCCACCUCCAGAUCAACAAGAUGACUGACAACAAGACAGGAGAGGUGCUCAUCUCUGAGAAGGUAGUGGCCUCCAUCGAGCCAGAGGGGAGCCUGGAAGGUGACUGGAAGGCACCCAAGAUAGAGGAGAAGGAAGCCCUGGGACCCAUCCGGAAGGCCAUAGACAGCUUCCAGCCAGAAACUCAUCCCCAGGUAGCUUUCUGGAUCAUGAAGCUGCCACGUCGGAAGUCCCAGCAGGAUGCCCAGGAAGGCAGCCAGUGGCUCAGCGAGAAGCGACACCGCCUGCAAGCCAUCCGUGACAGGCUCCGAGAGGACUCCCUCGAAGAUGGGAUCCAGGAUUCCUCUCACUCCAAGUUGCCAGCCCGAAAGACCCACUUCCUGUACAUCCUCAGACCCUCUCAGCAGAUAUAG